UGUUCUCGUGUCAACAACUCUUCACAGCAGCGGCGUUGGAGACAUGCUACUCGGUGAUGUUGGUUACUCUCGGAGCUGUAGUGUCCGGUACCGAACAAUCCUCUUAGAAUAAAACAAAUUUGGAGCCUGUUGCAGGACAGAGAACAACAGUGAAGAGCUGAGACAGGUCAUCAUGGCACAUAUGUCCACUCCAGGCUGGUUUGGAGCCUUUCUCUCUGCCACGACAAUAGCCAUUAUUGUGGGGAGUCCGGUCAGCGAUCAGCACUCAAGGGGCCGGAUCCAUCGUCCCAUCAGGACCUCUGAGCCUCUUCUGGUACCAGGCCGUGUUUCAAGGGUUUACCUGACCCCGGAUCAGCUCAGACGGCUGCACUUCAAGCCCACCAUAGGCUCCAUCCAGCUGUCAGAAGGCCAUGAGGCUAAAUUUAACUGUUCCAUCGACAUCCCCGAUGCCAGGCUGGACCCCGCCAUCCUCUGGGUGAAGAACGGCCAGGAACUGGAAGGAAACGUACAGGUGGUGAUCAACGAGCUCCAGACUACCACAGACGGGGUCACCACGCUACUCUCCACUGUCAGCAUUGUCCAUGUGCAGCGAGCGGAUUCUGGGGAGUAUCGCUGCAGGCUGAGUAUCAACUCCCGAACAUUUCAGUCUCAGCCGAUCACCAUUGAGGUGGAAGGUUUACCAACAUUUAUCCAUCAACCAGAGGACCGGAACGUUACAAGAAGCAAAUCUUUCACACUUUCAUGUGAGGCGGUCGGACCUCCAGACCCUGUUCAAAUCCGCUGGCUUCGUGAUGGGUUACCUGAUAGUGACUUUCAUAACUCUCCAAGCAGCUACUCUGUGUCAGGUGUGGACAAGUACAUUCAGUUCAGCUGCGAAGCUUACAACUCCAAGGGUGUCACCACCUCCAGAGAAGCAAACAUCAACAUCAAAGUGCUUCCUGGGCCUGUGUCUAAUAUCACUGUGACGGAGAGGCAGUCCAAUAAGUUCCUGUUGAGCUGGAGUCCGGGGCAUGAUGGUUUCUCUCCGAUUACUACAUGCCUCAUCAGGGUUAGAGAGGUGAGUCGCAGGAAAGGGGAGGUGAUGACCAUCAGGUUUAUCAACGUCACAGUGCCGUCUUUCCAGAGCGAGGUCCCCGGGCUGAAGGCUAUGACGUGGUACAACCUGAGUGUUUCCUGCAGCAAUGAGGUGGGGGGCUCUCCUGUCACCAUGUGGAUCCAGAGCAAUACCAUUGAGGGAGGUGUUGCCAUCAGUUUAUCCCCGAAAUGUGACAGCACGGAUGAAUGAGUCGUGGCUGGUAGUCCGGUGGAAACCUCCCCCAGAGGACAAGAUAAAUGGCAUCCUGAGUGGUUAUGAUGUUAUAAUCAGACAUG